AUGAUUCCACAAGCCUCUUCCCAUGCCGAAGAUCAAUCGGAAGAAACAACGAACAACAUUCUGAAUGAUAACGUGAACAUCGGAACGAUUAAAUCUUGUAUUGGAAAGAUUGAAAAUAGUGAGAAUUCAUCGGUUCAGGAGCUAGCAGAUUGUUGUAGAGAAUUGGCCGAUCUUUCAAGAGAAUUGAUCAACAGAGAUGCUAUCAGAGAGGUUGAUGGUAUUCCGAGUAUUUGCAAAUUAUUACAGAAACAUUCUCAGGUAUUGGAGGAAAGUAAAUCAGUUCUCUACUUUCAAUUGUGUCGAUUGCUUGGAAAUUUGUGCUUUGAGCAUUCUGUAAAUGCUCUAAUUAUUUGUGAAGAGGAAAAUCAUGGAGUCCCAGUGGUGACUUUUACUUGCAAGUUUGUUGAUUUUGCUCUUCAGACAAAUGAUUCAAAUCUCGGAAAGAGUGCAUGUGCAUGCCUUGCCAAUUUCUCCCAUUCAGAUGAUAGUAUUAGACGGAAAGUAGUUACUGCUGGAGGUGUUAAAUCAUUACUUUCCCUUGUUUAUAAAUACAAAGAUAACCAAGAACCUGGAAUGCUCUAUCAUUCAUUAAGAGCACUCGAAAAUGUUUGUGAUGUUGAGGAAGCAUGUGAGGCAGUGAUCCACCUUAAAAUUGAUUCCAAAAAUGCUCUAGAUGUCAUCAUUGAUGAUAUUUUGGACAACCCAUCAUGUGAAGGAAACAUCUUGUCUGUUGCCAUCAAGAUUGUUGGCUUAAUCGGAUCUCACAAGGAAUUUAAUGACCUAACCAUUGAGCACAAUAAUCUUAUUACUGCAUUGGACAAUAUCAUGAUGAGAUAUAUUGAAAUAUCUGAGACUAUGGACGGAAGUGAUCAAGAAGAAGAGGAAUCAGUUCAGGAAAUUAUUACUCAUGUCAUCCAUCUCUUGGACGUCUCAUUAGUGAAGGUCAACAACAAAUGGGCAGAAUUAUUGUUGAAAGAGUCUAAAAACUUUACAAGCACGUUGAAAAAAUUCGUUCAUACUCACACUCAACUUCCUGCAUUCAAGCAACGAAUACAAGAGAAUGUUGUGGAAUUUCUAUCAAACGUAGCUGAAAUUGAUUAUAUGCAAUACUAUAUGGCCACUGAAUUAGAUUUGAUUCAACCCAUGGUCGAGUUAAUCAAAUCCAUUUUACAAAAUUUAAAGGUCACUAGCUCCUCUAAAUUAUUGAGAUUUAUUGUGAAGCUUUUAGGAUUCUUGGCUCUUGAAGAUCGUAAUAUUCCAAUCAUGAUUGAAAAUCAUGUUGUAGAGGCCUUCACCGAUAUUCUUUCUACUCUAUUCCAGAAUCAACUCAAGGAAGAAUAUCAAGAGGCAAGUCCAAUAGUAGUCCAAAUGAAUGUUUUCAUCCAAAGAAAUUGUUGUAUUGCAUUGGGAAACAUUGGAAGAACAGAUGCCAGCUGCAAAUACAUUGUCUCUAAUGGAACAACUGCUCCUCUUGUGGAAAUGCUUUCAUACUUUGCCAAUUCUGAGGAAUCUGAGGUUGACGCCUCACAUUUCGUUAUUUGUUUCUAUUCUCUAGACGCCUUGGCCAACCUUAUUCACAACAACGAUGAGAAUGCCACACUUGUGUUGACCAAGUAUCCAAAUCUUGUUUCUGCCCUUGUUGAAGUCAUGAAAUCAAGAAAGGACAAGGUUAAGGUCUCCUUUGCUGUUUUAAAGUGUCUCUUCUGUCUGUUCAAGCAAGGCAAAAUUGCACCACACGCCCUUUCACAAGAUCAAGAAUUAAUGUCCAUCAUUCAAGAAAUGGAAACCUCCACAGAGGAUGAGAAGAUUGGUAAAUUAGUGAAUGAGGUGAAGCAGGCUGGCUUUUUCUAA